AUGUCUGGUCUCUCAACUACAUCUCGGAUAUUCUCUUACUAUCCCCUAUCUAUUUCUUCCGUUUCUCAAUCAAAUGGUCCCUCCACAAAGUCUUACCAUUCCAACAGUCACAAUUCUUCCAACUUACAAUCUAACUUAUCAAAUAAAAAUAAAUACUCAAAAUUACAAGGCCCUCGGCUACCGAGUUAUUUAAUUGACACCACCUUUGCAGAUCUUUACAUAGCUUCUAGUUCGGAAUCUUAUACAAGGAACGGUAGUGUUUCUGACUCCGAUCAGGCGUCCUUUGCCCUGCCGACCGCGUGGAACAUAGACGAUAGGUCUCCUAAUUUAGAAUUAUCCGAAGACAGGCUAAGAGUAAAUUAUACAGGUUCAGGAAAAAAUGAUUCCGAUGCUGCCGCAAUACGAGCAAAUUUUCCAAUGCCACCGCAAUGUGGUUUGUUCUACUUUGAGGUUGAUAUCAUAAGUAAGGGGAGGGAGGGUUUCAUUGGGAUUGGUUUUUGCGGGAAAAACGUUCAACUAAACCGAUUGCCAGGUUGGGAAAAUAUGUCGUGGGGAUACCACGGCGACGAUGGACAUCUGUUUUGUUGUUCAGGAACAGGAAAGCCGUACGGACCACAGUUUACAACUGGUGACGUUAUCGGCUGCUGUGUAAACUUCAGAGACGGGACGGCAUUUUAUACAAAGAAUGGUGCCAUUCUGGGAACUGCAUUCAGAGAUUUAAAGGGUGGAUUAUAUCCGUCAAUUGGCUUACGGACUCCUAACGAAUCUGUAGAAGUAAAUUUUGGACAGAAAGAAUUUAAAUUCGCAAUUGACCAUUACAUGAAGGAGCAAAAGGCCCUACAAUGGCAAAUUAUUAACACGACGCCGAUGCCUCCUAUUUCAUCACCCGUAAUGUCGGCACCCGUAUUGCGAGCAUCUUCAGAAGCUAACCUUACCACAACAGUUCAUCAACUCAUAUUUUCCUAUCUGGUGCAUCAUGGUUUCAGUGAGACGGCAAAAGCCUUCUACAAAGAUGCUGUUCACUUUCUCAAUAUUGACAGUGAUUUAAUGGAGGACAUUGAAUAUGAACAAUCAGCCCCAGGAACAGAAAUUGAUAUGUUAAAUAGACAGCGCAUUCGAAAUGCCGUCCUCAGGGGAGAUAUAGAUCAAGCAAUAAAGUUAACAAACGCUUUGUUCCCAUCGGUCUUGCCAGCAAAUGAUGAUAUUCAUUUCCGACUACGCUGUCGCGAAUUUAUAGAAAUGAUGGGCCGCUGUUCAGGAGCUCGCGCAGUAGCCGCUGAAGAUGAGGACGAUGAUUUGGUUAAAGUAGAAAAACAUCACGACAUGAUAGUACGCUCUCAGAUGGCACUUGGAGAUGGCGUAACGGGACAAGAAACUGAUAGUGGCGACAAAGAUGAUGAUGAAGACGAGGAAUAUGAAGAUGCCAUGGAUGUAGACGACUUCACAGUCUCACACAGUGAUUCUGCAUCAUAUAGUGAGGACGAAGAUGCUCGUCUAGCCCCUAUAAAAAGGAAAAAAAAUUCGAUAAAACGAAAAAAGAUUAAUUAUAAUGUAGAUACUUUAGACAGUCAAAUCGAGACAGCAAUGAAAUUUGGUCAAAAAUUGCAGCAAGACUAUCAAGAUGAUACUCGUGAAGAGAUAAAGAGUGCUUUAGAGGAAGCUUUCUCAUUGCUGGCAUAUUCUGACCCAGCGAACAGUGUCGUUGGUUAUUUGCUACACCCAUCGGGGAGGGAACCAGUAGCAAAUGCGCUAAAUAGUGCGAUUCUCGCGUCUCAAGGUAAACCCGCGAUACCCCAAUUGGAGAGGAUUUUUCGCCAGACAUCCGUCACAGUCAAAGAACUUUCACGGUGCGGAGUCGGUACUACUGCUUUCGUGAAUGUCAACAGCGAUUGCCUGGCACAAAAUAAUUAA